CCCGUGACAAGGUAAUACCGGUCAUCGUGAACACAGCGCAGAACAGAACGGUACCAUUCUUUGGGUGCUAGUCAGCGCGCAACAUUCAUUUUUAGUAGGGAAUUGGCUCUUGAACUGGAGCGCGGUCGCAACGACCGCAAGAGACACCUGUUGCGUCAUUAAGUAAGCCGGCAGCCGCGAAACACGAAUACAAUAACGAUGCGCUCUAUUCGAAUGUGUUUGCGCGCCAAGUGACAACGUGAUUUGUUGACGAUUUUCGUUCUAUGUUUUGAAGAGAAAGGUUUUUUUCAAAGAAGAGGUAUACAUUGAUUACUUAUCUCGGUAACGUUCCCCUUUUUCUUUCAAUAUUUUGAGGUGCAUUUUAAUGGUUGCUGUGAGAUCAAACCGGUUGAAGGGAAUUUAUUUGAUUGCAACAUUGAUUUGCACCUGAGGAGAGAGUUGAAGUUUAGUGGCUGUUGCAUUGAUUAUAUUUCUUAAAGGACGCUUGUUAUGUGAUAUCUUUUUAAUACUGUUUUAUUAGUAUAUAAAUUAUAUAUGAGAACAAGAUAAAAUUAUAAAUUAAUAUGAAAAAUUAAUAUACAACUGUGUUAUUGAAGUAUUAUAUUAAAUAUUUGAGAUGGACAGCUUGUAGUUCAUUUAGAGUUUCACCUAGUAACAUACGGUUAUUCCCCCAAUGUAACAGUAAUUUUUCACCGUCCACAAUUAAAUGUGCAACGCAAUCGAGUUGCAAAUUCGGAUGAACCUUCUUCUUCUCUACUUCUUCACUUCACUUCUCUUCUUCUUUCUUUCUUUUGAACUCCAAUUAUAUUAAGCAACAUACUAAUUUAAUUAAAGAAUAUAUUAUGGUAGGAAAGGGACAAGUAUAAUUUUUCUUUUUUAUAAAACAAAGAAUAUUCGAUCAGGUCAUGUUUUAUUUGCAAACACUGUCGAUUAUAUUAACAAUUUAUUUCAUUUGCAGUUUGUGUCUACAAAGAAGAAUAACUCAAACAAAGAUGCAAACAACAUUGCUCACAUAACACAUAAUAAAAAUUUUAAAUACCUCUGAAAUAACCAUAUACAUGUAUAAAUUUUAUACAUCUAUUUAUAUAGAUUUCUUAUCACUUUACAUGGAUUUUAUGAAAAAGACAGAAGAGUUAUACACAUUCGACCUUAACAACCACAACUCUACAACACCUUGGAGACACAUUCUUGCUGAAAUGCAAUCCCGUCGUCAUGUGCAUAAUAAUGAAUCGAUUACCAUGUAGUAAUGAACGUGAUAUCUAUUACAUUAAAUUGAUAUGAUUCAUUCUUAUUCUAGCUUCUAUAGUGGCUAUAGUUCAAAAUAUUUGAACACUACUUUACAGAAAACUUUUAUAUAUGUAUUAUGCAUAUUACAUAACACAUUUUGAAAUUCCAUUAACAUUGUAAUAAGGCACGACUAUCAUGACUAUCAUGAUUGUAUUGAUGGAAUUAGAAGUUAAUCUAAAAAUGUAUAUAGAAGUCAGAAAACAUUUACUGCAAACAUAUAUCUAAGAUUAAAGCUCAAUAGAAGAAAGUCUUGCGUGACACCUUGUGACUUAAACUCUAUAUGUAUAUUUUGUUGCUGAAACAGAAAUAAACGAGGUAAACGACAGGUAACGGUAGCAGGAGACAGAGAACGCAUUAUCGCAAAUCAGGGUGAAAGAGCUAGAACGGAAGCUUCAAAAACCACCAAAAGACGUACAAAAGGGACACAAGGAUGAUGAAAGUUGUGGGAUUGGAGGAUAACCAGCGAUUUGCAUUGAUGAAAUUUAGGCGGACAGUUCAAGAUAUUCUGAAACAACCGCAUCAUGACGAUAACUUUCUACUACGUUGGCUUCGAGCAAGAAAAUGGGACCCGGCUGCUGCGGAGAAAAUGCUACGUGAGUCUAUGGAGUGGCGAAAACAAUGGGAAGUUGACAAAUUAACCGAAUGGGAUCCUCCUCAAAUUCUGAAUGAUUAUCUACCUCACGGUUUAUGUGGUUUCGAUAAAGACGGUGCCCCAGUGAUUGUAGUGUAUUUCGACGCAUUAGAUAUUUAUGGUAUUUUGCAUGUGGUCUCGAGAAGGGAUAUGAUAAAGGUGACCAUAAAACGUCUCGAAGAAUACUUAAAAUUAUGUAGAGAACAAAUGUUAAAACACGGUCCAGCAGCUGGUCAGGUCGUCGUAAUUUUCGACAUGCAGAGUUUUAACUUGAAACAAUAUCUCUGGAGACCAGCUGGAGAAGUUGUCAUUACUUUAAUCCAAAUGUAUGAGGCUAAUUACCCAGAGAUUUUAAAGACCUGUUACAUAAUUAAUGCUCCAAAGGUAUUUGCUUUCGCAUUUUCGGUGGCGAAAAAGUUUAUGAACGAGUAUACCUUAUCAAAGAUUCAAAUAUAUAAAUCGGAUCCUGCGAGAUGGCAGACAGCGAUAUUCAGUAACAUUGACAGAGAUCAAGUGCCUGCUUUCCUUGGAGGAACCCUUAAAGAUCCUGAUGGCAACCCAAAGCUUGGUACCAAGAUUUGUCUUGGUGGCAAGGUCCCUAAAGAAAUGUAUGUAAAUAACACAGAGAAAGAUAAGGAGAACUUUACAACAGUUACAAUUAAGAAAGGUGGGAAACUAGAGCUUGAUAUCUCAGCGUCUGAAAUGGGAUCUCUGUUAAGCUGGGAAUUUCGUACCGAGAAUCAUGACAUUAGAUUUGGUAUUGUGAAGAAAGAUUAUAAUGGAACACAGAAAGAAGUGAUACCAAUGCGACGAGUGGCUGCUCAUCAAUUAGAUGAGAUUGGAAUUUUGACCUGUGAAGUACCUUCUACAUAUUCCAUUAUUUUUGAUAACACUUAUAGCAUAAUAAGAAAUAAGAAAAUCCAUUACUCUGUGAAAGUUAUACCACCGUCAGAAUCACAAGACAUAACACCAACAACUUUAUAAUUAAUGUACUUAGAAUAAUAAUAUAUUAUAGAAAAUAUUUUCUCUAAAAAAUACAUUCCAUACAGUAUAAUUAAUAUUAAAAGAAACCAAUGCUUUUAUGUUAUUGCUAA